CUCUCCUUGCCUGUGAAAUGGGGGGCAGCAACAUCCCCUCAGCCAGUGCACACGAGUUUUCUGGAUUGGGGAGCGACAUAGCUAUGAACCAGGUCCUGAGAAAAGAGCUCCACGGUGUAAUCAACCGUGAUGGUGUUCUCUUCAUGAACAUGAGGGAUGCGCGAAAAUAUCAGCAACAGGUCUCACUCAAUAAUAUUCUAUGUUUAUUACCCCAGCCGCAGCUGUCUGCCGGAAGGCUUCGGAAACGCCUUGCACACAAGAUCGGCCCUCGUCCCACCGUCCACGGUCAAAUGGGCAUGGCAUGCGAAGAGUCGAGAGUUCUUUCUUUGCGGGGCAAGAAUUAAUUUGUUUCAGGGCAGAUGAUACCUUAUAAAAUAGCUACCCCACAUUCCUGGGAUCGAGUAGUAGAAGUAACUAUGUCAGUUAUACAACCUUAGGGUACUAUAGCCGCUCGGUCGAAACCAUCCGUGGUCCAUGGAAGCCCUACGAUUUGGGUUUGAAGAACCGUUACGUUGCUUAACAUGGCCGCCCUUUCAAACACAUGGCAUCGGGCCGAAGAUGAACCUAGGAUACGUGUUCGGUGCCCUGGAGCGCAGCAAGAGAGGCUCGGCACCGAUUAUCAGAUUGGAUUUUGACUUUCAUCAUGAACCAGCAAGCAUGGCUUGUGGUAGGUAACUAGUUAAAUGAUGGGGUGUCGUUCAAAUUGCUUAUCAAUAUCUAAUCUACAUACAUAGGUACCCGAGAGAGGUUAACUUACCAGUCAUUGUACAGCACCGCAAAAUGCUGCGUGAUUUUUUUUUUUUUUUUUUUUUUUUUUUUUUUUUUUUUCGUCAAGGUUUGGCUGUACGAAAAGCGGCCAAUUGGGACACAUUCAUCUAGACUUUGAUGAAACAGUUUUGUAUGCUAUCGUAUAUCUUUCUUUCUUUUCUUUGAGCAAUCCCUUAAGGGCUACCCUACCCAUGUCCCGAAUGCUCAAAUACGCGUUAAGAGUUAUUGGCCUGCCUAAACUUACAUCUAGAUGUAAGUAAACUUUGUUGACGCAAGCAACUACAAAGACACGCCCGGCAAUCGGCAAAUAGCCUCAGCGUGAUUUGCCACGGACGCUGUAUCGAUAGUUGAUAGCAUCGGAGGAAAUUCCGGGUAAGUGAAACAAUAUUGCUUUGAGAUGCGGAGUGACGACGCAAUGCCUGCCACAUGUCGAUGCACCUAAAGUUCGAGCUAUCUGAUCUCGGGAAGGGCGGGUUAUCCUCGCUUCCCCACAACGGAUGUUACGUGACCUCUCCCUCCUCGAAUAAAAG